AUGUCAGAAGAAGUUUUUACUUCCUUCAAUGAGACACUCAGGAGGCUACAGGAGUAUCAGAGGACAGGAUUCGAGUGCACAGACAAAGGACGUGAGUAUCUUGCAGAUUACGAUCUGAGGGAACACUUUCCAGCCACAGCGGCAAACUCUCGGACAGCCAGUCUAGCGCCGUCCAACUCCAGACCAUCAAGUCCACUAUCUCCAGUACCCUCGAACGUUUCUAGCAUCCAUCUGCCUUCAUCCAUUGCGUCAGGACCAAGUUUAGGUUUAGACGACUUCAUCCCUGAAGGACAUUCGCUUCUAGACGAGAUCCAAGAGGCAGAAGCUCACAUUCAAAGUUUGCCACCUACACACCAUACCCAGUACACGAUGGCAGCUACAAUUACAACCGUCAGCCAGAUGCCAUUUAGAGGGGAUCGCGCAGCCCCUACAUUCGAUCCAGAGCAUCCGCGCAUGCUUCUGCGAUUCUUUGACAAUUUGGAAAUCUUAUUUGCCCGUUGCAAUAUCACGGACGAAACAGAAAGGAAAUGCUGGGUUUGCCGAUACCUCACUAUCGACGUAGCGGACCUCAUCGAAAGCCUGGAAGAAUAUUCAGAUGUCCAGCGCACGUUCCAAGAUCUCAAAGUAGCAGUACAGCGACUGUACCCUGGUGCAGAUAUGGAGCGCAAGUGGGAGCUAAAGCAGCCGGACCACUAUCCCGAUGAUUCAUAUGAUGUCAACGAGAUCUACGAAGCGGCAAAGUUUGUCCUUCAUGGAACUUCGCCCUCACCAGCAGUCACUGGUAGCAGCAAAGUGAAGUCAGAGUCAGGACCUGCGAUUAAGACAGAGGACAUCUCGCUACUCAUCGAGAGCCUAGUCAAGUCCGUGCAAACAUUGACAGCAGCAGUGACCGGAGUUGUGCCAAAGGGGAAUGGCAUACAAGCUAGCGCAGCGCCAAAGCCAACUAUGAGUAGUGGAGGCAACGGCAUGGGCUAUUGUCACUAUUGCGGUGAAGCAGGGGGCAUGAUAGGCACCUGCAAGCACAUAGAAGAGGACAUAAAGUCUGGCAAGUGUAUGCGAAACUCUGCCGGAAAGGUGGUCUUGCCGAACGGAUUCUUCGUCCCAUGUAACAUUCCGGGUAUAAUCAUUCAUGACCAAAUCUACGAAUGGCAUAGGAGGAAUCAGUCCACUGUGCAGACGCAGGCGUCGAUCUCAGCUGCAAGCUUAUUUGAAGUCUCCCCUGAGGAGCAUAGCACCUUUGCCUUGGGGGACGACGACCGCAUUCGUGCCUUAGAACAAGAGUUAUACUCGUUGCGCAAGACAAAGCAAGUAUUCGAUGGAGUAUACAUGCCUCCGCGCAAAUCAAAUACAAACACUCGUCAAUCUCCACCCACGUCAGUUAGCCAACCAGUCACGCAGACACAGCCCACCAUGAGUACAGUGCCUACAGCUGCUUCGUCAACCACACCAUCUACGUCGCAGCCUACAGCCACUACGCCGGAAGCAGACAAGGAGCCAGAACAUCCCUACUUCAAAUUUUCAUUAGUGGAGGAUAUGGACGACCCAAGUGACAGUUUGGCCCUAGUCAUCAAAGCAAAUGCCCAGCUCCAGCCAGAAAUCGUCGCAUAUACCCAGAUCAUACCCUCCGACCCUACCGCUAUUCCAGUCAGAUAUUUGCAAGCAUCCAAACAAUUUGUACAAGCUCUCGAUUUGCUCUAUUGUCAAGAUUCGCCUCGCAUCUCUACGUUACAAGCCUCGCAUAUACAAGCUUUAAUCUCGACUCUAUCCCUUGAUACACCCACGUCCGCCAAUCACCGUGAAUCAGGCAAACCUCCGUCAGCAGGCUUCGCAGCUACCAAGAAGAAGUACAAGCCCGUUGCGCUCAAGACUCGACCAGUUCUUACCACGGUACCAGAAUCUUUCAGAAUCAUACGUUCCAUCACGGGUGACCCGCUAGCCAUGCUACCACAACUACCUAUGCAUCCACCACAGUUUACGCCCACUGGCAGAUACUCGCUAGAACGCAUGAUGGCCCUGAACCAAGCACAUUCAGGAGGAUUUUUAUGGUCAGACGAGUGA